CUGAAAUUUCUAGAUCUCACCUUCAUUUUCAACCGAAAAGCAGUGAGCAAGGUUAGCCAUAAUUUUCUGCCUUCUAUUGCUACUGAAGAUCAGUUUCAUUUCAGAAAUCGGUUCUAUGCGAAAAUUGUACGAGUGCUCGGCAACAUUCAUCGGCAUACUGUGCAGUGUGUACUGAUGAUUAAUAUGUUUAAUGAAAAAAUAUUCCUCUUUUUGUGGUUUUGGUUUUUAACUGUUGGCCUAAUAACAGUUUUCAAUACCUGUUACUGGAUGUUAAUUAUGUUUAUUCCAAGCCAGGGAAUGUCUUUCAUUCGAAAAUAUUUGCGAGUUUUAAGCGAUCAUCCGACAAAGCCGGUAGCGGAUGAUGUGUCGCUUCGAAAGUUUACGAACCAAUUUUUGCGUAAAGAUGGUGUUUUUAUGCUCCGGAUGAUCUCAACACAUGCGGGCGAAUUAAUGAGCAGCGAGCUGGUCCUUGCCCUUUGGCAGGCAAGUAACAAUUUUACACGUUUGAUUUUUUAACC